AUGUCCAGGCUUGGAAGCCUCUUCUUUAGUUUUCCGGGGCAGCUGGAGCCAGGCUGCCGAUGUCAGGAUCUUUUGAACCAGUACCUCACAGAGGACCCGAACCGCCUGCCGCAGAUCCGAAACAUGAAGGCUCGGCCAAUCCUGGACGUGCCACCCGACGCGAGUGUCGACUCGACACAGAUGGUGUGCCUGGCCGAUGAAGACGAAGCCAUCGAGAAAGCGAUUGGAGAGGCUAUGUCGCCGACAUCGGAUGCAUCGGACAACGAUGCUGUGGCUACGCCUUUGAUGGUAAGGGCACGGCCACUGCUGGUGGAAGAUACCGGGGAGCGAGCUCGGGGAACUUUGGGAUUUCGGCUUCAAGUACUUAAGGUGAUCGACCCGUCAACAUUGGAGACACAGCUAGCUGAGGAUGUUAUUAUGGCGUCCCCCGAGAAGCCGGUCGUCAAGGCCGAGGAUCGGCGCCAGGCGGCAAAGGAUACCUGGGGAUCGGUUUAG